ACCAACGAUGGAGCCUGUAGGAAAACUUUUCCCCAUGUUGUUGUUUGUGUUUGUGAGUUCAGUCCGUUCUCAUGAAUGUGGAGUUAAUAUCACAUGUGAAAGACAACGAAAGCAAUGCUUCAAAUGUGAAUGUGGAGACCCAUGUGCGUUUUGUUCAAACACCCUUCUUACCUUCAUACCCGACUUUCACAGGGAAAUACUUCUCCUCAAUUUCACUGGAAAUCAACUGGGUGUUCUCUCCAAGGAGACGUUCAUAAACGUCACAACUGUUCAAAUAUUGAAGCUGAAAAACAACAGCAUUUCCUUGGUACAUGUGGACGCAUUCGAACUGCUUCAUAACAUGACGUGUUUGGAUUUGUCUGAAAACAAUCUUUGUGAAGACAAGCUAGCUCUCUCAAAUAUGUCCCAUGCUGUGGGGAAUACACAGGUUGAAAUGCUUCUUCUGGAGAAGAUUGGACUCAGUGAAUCUUGUAUAGAAGGGUUAAGAAAUAUGUCCUCAUCUGUAUUAAGAAGGGUUGAUAUCAGCAGCAAUGCUAUUUCCCAUCUCGACUUUUCAAUAUUUGAGAAAAAUCAAAAUCUUACCGGUAUCACGGCUGAAUAUUGUAAAAUUAAUUCGACGAGUUUUAUACGUUUACCGUCUCUGACACAAUUAACGUUAAGGGAUAACUUUCUUACAGAGUGGCCAGACUUCUGCAAACAUGACAAUCAAAGUAUUCCCAGACUGAAGAAUCUCAACCUGGACCGAAAUAAGUUACAGUCAAUCCAAACAGACAAAUUUGAUUGUCUAAGAGACCUGAAGAAACUGUUUUUUUCACGGAAUAGUUUAAGAUAUAUUCCUAAAAAUACUUUUCAAAAUUUUCCAAAUCUGGUUGAAGUAUUCCUCCAGGUGAGCUUGGCUUGUAUCAGCAUUGAGGAAGAAAAACCUUUCAGUAGAAUUAACUCCUACGCAUUCAACAGCAGCCAUCUGACCACCAUAGUUCUACAAGGAUGUCAGCUAAAAUUCCAUGUGGAUGUAAGCACGCAUGCCUUCGCCGGUUGUUCAGGUCUCUUAAACUUAGACCUGUCUGGAAACCUUCUGGAUCGUGUGACUGUAAAAGACAUGAGUGUGCUGUUGGGCGGUUUGUCAAAUUUGAAAUCCCUAAAUCUUUCAAACUGUAGAUUGCUAUCCAUUCCCAUAGUUUUAACACAAAAACUUGUCAAACUUCGACGUCUUAAUUUAAAUGAGAAUAAUAUAGGCUAUCUGAGAGUGGGGACCUUCCGAAAAUUGACUCAGCUUAAACAAUUAAAACUUAGCGGUAACCGUUUUGAUUUGGUAAACAAGGAUGUCUUUUUUCAAACGUUUCUGUCUCGGCUUCAUAUAUUGGAUCUUAGUGACAACAGAAUAUCGUGUACAUGUAAAAAUCUCUGGUUCAUAAAAUGGAUACAGGAGGGUGACCCAAACAGCGUCUAUCCAAAAUCUGGGAAAAACUACACCUGUGCCAGUCCGCCUGACAUGGAGGGCCAACUAAUAACAAGUUCUCCCUUGUCCAUACAGAAAUGUUUGACUUCACCCUUUCUGUUUCCUUUAGUAGUGACCAUUUCCGGACUCAUUGUACUGGCCAUCCUUGUUCAUGCGUUCGUCCACAGGUGGCGCUGGCGCAUACGUUACUGUAUCUACAUGCUAAGAUAUAAGAACAGAAAACAAGAUGACCAGGAACGGAUGAUCUUCGCCUAUGAUGCCUUUGUCAUGUACGCUGAUGCUGACUCUUUGUGGGUUAGGAGUCAGUUGAUAUCUAAUAUCGAGACAACUCAAAGACUUAAUCUGUGUGUACACGAGCGAGACUUUAUACCAGGGCAAUAUAUUGUGGACAACAUAGUACAUUCUAUGGAAAAGAGCAAUAAAGUUAUCAUUGUGCUAUCAAACAGCUUUAGUCAAAGCCCUUGGUGUCAGUUUGAGUUGGCUCUGGUCCAGAAACGUGCUAUGGAGAUGGACGGGGGCUACCUGGUGGUACUUCUGCUGGAAAGCAUCCAUGCCCGGAACAUGACGCCAUCUCUGUAUGCCCUGCUGCAGACAACAACCUACCUGGCGUGGCCAGUGGAAGAAGAAGAUAGAGAGUUGUUUUGGAACCGCAUUGGGCAGUGUCUGCAGCAAUGAUUAUCACAGCUUAAAGUAAAAACGUUCACUACUGUAAGUGAUGAGGUUUUCACAACUGUGCAAAGGUUGUUGGUACGUAGAUAGAAAUUGGGAUUUCAUCCAUAAAUAUGAGGUGUUUUGAUAAGUUGCAUAUGGAUGACACAGUCACCUAAGUGAGUGAGUGAGUUGGGUUUUAACGCCGUUUUUAACAGUAUUCCAGUUAUAUCGCGGCGU